AUGGCCCCGUCUUUCGCUUCGCUGCUUCUGCUGGCCCCGCAUCUCCUCACUGCUGUCGCCUUUCCCCAUCAGCCUCGUCAGUCUACCGGUGGCCCCGACGCAGACAAAGCCGCUGCCGUCAAGGAGGCGUUCAACCACGCAUGGGGUGGCUACUACGAAAAUGGCUGGGGUGCAAGCGCUGUUGAUGCCCUGAGCACGGCCCUGAUCAUGAAGGACAAGGAUGUGGUCAAUCAGAUCCUUGAAUACAUCCCGACGAUUGACUAUACGACCACCUCGACUGAGGUCAGCUUAUUCGAGACCACGAUCCGCUACCUCGGCGGCAUGCUCUCCGCCUACGAUCUGCUGAAGGGACCUCUUUCCGAUCUGGCAAGCAACUCCUCGCAAGUGGACGCUCUGCUCGACCAGUCUAAGGUGCUGGCCAACGCACUCAAGUACGCCUUCGACACGCCGUCGGGUGUUCCGUACAAUAACCUCAACUUUGCCACCCAGGGCAACGACGGCGCCUCGACGAACGGCCUGGCCACCGUCGGUACGCUGGUGCUCGAGUGGACGCGUUUGUCCGACCUCUUGAAUGACGACGAGUACGCCCGCUUGUCGCAGAAGGCUGAAUCGUACUUGCUCAGCCCCUCGCCGUCGUGGAACGAGCCUUGGCCCGGUCUUGUCGGCAGCGACAUUUCCAUUGCCAAUGGCAAUUUCACCGAUGCCUCGGGCGGCUGGGUCGGCGGCACUGACUCUUUCUACGAGUACCUGAUCAAGAUGUGGAUCUACGACCCUGACCGUUUCAGCGAGUACAAGGAUCGCUGGAUCCUCGCCGUCGACUCCUCCAUCGCGCACCUGGCCUCGCACCCCUCGUCCCGCCCGGACAUCACCUACCUCGCCUACUACGUCAACCAAACCACGCGCAACUUCUCGCAGCACCUCGCCUGCUUCGACGGCGGCAACUUCAUCCUGGGCGGUAACGUGCUGGACCGCCAGGACUACAUCGACUUCGGCCUCGACCUGGUCGCCGGCUGCCGCAACACGUACGCGUCGACCGUCACCGGUAUUGGCCCUGAGACCUUCUCGUGGAACACGUCGACCCUGCCCGCCAACCAGUCGGCCUUUUACGAGAAGAACGGCUUCUGGAUCUCGGACAGCUUUUAUGAUUUGAGGCCAGAGGUGCUGGAGAGCUAUUACUACGCGUACCGCCAGACGAAGGAUUCCAAGUACCAGGAUUGGGCGUGGGAGGCGUUUACGAGCAUCAAUGCGACGACGAGGCAAGGGUCAGGUUUCACGGCUGUGACGAAUGUGAAUGUGGCGAAUGGCGGGUCGGCGGAUGAUAAUCAGGAGAGCUUUUUGUUUGCCGAGGUGAUGAAGUAUGCGUAUUUGAUGUUUGCGGAGGAGGCGGAGUACCAGAUUUUUGGUGGCUCGGGCGGGUCGAAUGAGUGGGUGUUUAAUACCGAGGCGCAUCCGUUUAAGGUUGCGGGGAAGUAG